AUGUCGCCUCAACCACCACCCACUUCCGUCUACAAUGUCACGUUCCCGGAGCCGGGCAUCAUGCUCGUUACCAUCAAUCGCCCAUCGCAGAUGAACAGCAUUCCAAUGAGCGGUCAUCUGGAGGGGCAAACCCUCUUUGAAUGGUUCGAUGACGAGCCCUCCUUGAUUGUAGCUAUCGUGACUGGAGCGGGACCUAAGGCAUUUUGCGCUGGUGGAGACUUGAAACAGCAGCGCGAUUCUCCCUACGGUGCGAGUCCACAGCAACAGCAACCCAUGGCCCCAUCAGGUGUUGCAGGAUUGAGCCGUCGCACAGGUAAGAAACCUGUGAUUGCCGCAGUGAAUGGCUUUGCGUUUGGGGGCGGGGCUGAAAUCUGUCUGAACUGCGAUAUGGUGAUAGCUGCCAGACAAGCGAUAUUCGCUCUGCCCGAAGUGCGACGAGGUCUCUAUGCAGGGGCUGGAGGUCUAUCACGUGUUGUUCGAGUCUGCGGUCUACAGGUCGCUAGCGAGCUGGCCUUGACCGGGAGACGUAUAAGUGCAGAUGAAGCACACGGACUGGGUUUUGUCAAUGUAGUGACCGACACAGUAGAGGAAAUGAUGGCGAAGGCCAUGGCACUGGCGAGGCAGAUAGCAGCUCAGUCGCCUGAUGCUGUCCUUGUGACUCGCUCUGGCUUAAGAGAAUCGCUGGCCUGUGGUAGUGUUGAAGAAGCCUCACAACGAACGGAGCAGAGGUAUUCGCGCGCCUUGAUGACAUCUGAAAACCUGCGCAUUGGGCUAGAAGCAUUCGCAGCGAAGAAGCAGCCCAGAUGGGUGCCAUCGAGAUUGUGA